UUUAAAGCGUUUUUAAUAUGUCUCUGCUUUAACGUAAUAGCGAUAAUCUUUCUUUUUACACCUGAUGUAAACAUUGUAAUGUGAUAAGCAGGACACGAGGCUACAUUUUUGAGGAGAUCGAAUAGAAAAAUCAUGGCAGCAGUUAUAUCUGGUACUGUCCUGGCUUCCUUGUUCUUUGACCAUGCCGACAUAAAGGGAGAACUGGAAGGUUUGCUGUUUGGAAAAGUUACUCAAAGAGUAAAAGAUACAAUUAGUGAUUCUCAAAUCAAUAAUUAUGAAGUGGAAACAAAAACAUACAUAUACUCCUAUUACAAAGGAGACAAAACAAGAAAGUUUCAUGAUCGAGCCUGUCAGAUUGAUACUCAGUUGGUACGUGGAGUGACACCAGAAGGCUCUCAGGUAAGAUAUUGGUUUUUUUGCCCCCCUCUGAAGAAGAAAGGGCAUAUUGCUUAA